AUGGAGAGUAAGAUACUUGAGGAGAAAGCUCAGUUGCAAGAAACCCGAAAUCAAGAUCAUUUACUCCGGGAAACAACUGCUAGACUGAUUGAAAAAGAUCUGUUGGAUGAGUCAUAUGUAAAGAAUUCAGGACAAAAGCGACCUUACUUUAAGACAAAAUCGAAUGAAGAUCCAAGAAAGAAAGUAAACAGGAUCCAAUGGAAAAAAUCAGAUUUUAUUCCUGUGAAUCUGACUCAUUUUGUACCUGGGUACGUUAAUCCAAUUCAUUUUGGUCCCGGGUACUUUAUCCCGAACAUUUGGUUUCGGGAAAUUUUGAUAGCAACAGUGAAUGAUUUUAUUCCUGUGAACCUGACUCAUUUUGUACCUGGAUACAGUGUUGUGACUGGGACGGGACAUGUCCUUGGAUGGGACAUAAUUAAUGGGACAAUUAUCUUGGGACAGCCUGGGACGUCACAGCUGGGACAGUCUGGGACAUUAAAAAUCUUGUGGGACGCUGUCCACCACAUCACUGCCUGGUUUUGGGAAAUUUUGAUAGCAACAGUGAAUGGUAGAUUUAGAGAUUUAGGAUAG